UUGUCUGUUUAUGAAGAUCAGAUUUACAAUCUUAUUCUCUCUUUUUUUCCUCCUUUUUUUUUGAUAUUGACUAUCAUCUUCUAUAAAUUAUUUUCAAAUAUAUGUUCUUCAUCUAAUAAAUCGUCUUUGAUCUCUCGAAUUCUAAGAUGAAGAUGAUCCAGACAAGUUUGUGCAUACUAGUGGUAUUAACAAUAUCCGGUUUUCCGAUGAUGGAAUCCCGCGUUGAAAGCACGAAAGGUAUAAAGUACAUGGCGAUGCAGUGCCGGAAACACAAAGCAGUUUUGACGGAUUUUGGAGCUGUUGGUGAUGGGAAAACCUCCAACACAAAAGCGUUUAGAGACGCCAUCGCCAAGCUUACUCCGCAGGCGGCUGACGGUGGUGUACAACUCAUUGUUCCGCCGGGGAACUGGCUCACCGGAAGUUUUAACCUCACAAGCCAUUUUACUUUGUUUAUCCAACAAGGUGCAACUAUUCUUGCUUCUCAGGUUGAAUCUGAAUAUCCAAUGAUUCCGCGUUUGCCGUCAUAUGGAGAUGCAAGGUUUGCUAGUUUAAUCUACGGAACUAACCUAACAGAUGUUGUUAUCACCGGUAACAAAGGAAGGAUCAAUGGCCAAGGGAAGUCAUGGUGGGUGAAGUAUCGAAGCGGUGGUUUCAAUUUGAUAUCGAGACCUUUGUUGAUCGAAAUCCUCUUCUCUGAAAACAUACAAAUCUCAGAUAUCAAUUUAAUUGAUUCUCCCAUGUGGAACAUUCAUCCCGUGUAUUGCAAGAACGUCAUCAUAAAAAAUAUUAAGAUUGAUGCUCCUAUUGAUUCUCCUAACACCGAUGGAAUCAAUCCAGAUUCUUGCACCAACACAUUAAUAGAAGACUGUUCCGUUACUUCCGGUGACGACUGCAUCGCGGUGAAAAGCGGUAUCGACCAAUACGGAAUCGCAACCGCAAUCCCAACACAACAACUCUCAAUCCGACGUCUCACUUGCGUUUCACCCGACAGCGCAGGCAUAGCCAUCGGAAGCGAAAUGUCUGGAGGAAUAAAAGACAUUAGAAUCGAAGACGUGACGCUACUCAACACGCAAUCGGCGAUCAGAAUCAAGACCGCCAUAGGACGUGGAGGUUACGUCAAAGACAUUUUCGCUAGGAGGUUCACCAUGAAGAAUAUGAAGUACGUGUUCUGGAUGACCGGCUCGUAUAAGCUUCAUCCCAUAGGCUUUGAUCCUAACGCGUUGCCGGAGAUUAGAAAUAUUAACUACCGUGACAUGACGGCCGAAAACGUUACGAUAUCGGCUAAGUUAGAAGGGAUCAAAAAGGAUCCUUUUACGGGGAUAUGCAUGUCGAAUGUGACUAUGGUUUUGUCUCCCACGACGAAGAAGCUGCAGUGGAACUGUACUGAUGUCGCUGGAGUUACGAGCAGGGUUAAGCCGGAGCCGUGCAGUUUGUUGCCGAGUAAGGGACCUACGAUGGACUGUCAUUUCCCGACGGAUAAGAUCCCUAUUGAGAGUGUUGUGUUGAACAAAUGUACUGCUUAGAAAAUGUGUCUUUGUUUGCAUUAUUUUCUAGAUUCAUUAAUCGUAUAACUAAUAGGAAAAAUGAUUGGUAGUUAUACCAACUAUAAUUUAUUAUACUGGUUAUAUGUAAA